CACCUGUCAGUGCAUGUGACCGCAGCAAUCGAUGCAAUUUCAGCCACAGGGAAAAAUCGAGCGUAGACUGUCAAAAAAUAGGCACCCGCUGACGAACCACCGCCGGGCUACGGGGUAGAGAAAAAGGUGCAGAAACGAGACGGCAAAAACGAACAGCGAAAUACGAGACGGUGUCCGAAACACAGAGUGUGCGAGGAAUCUUUCACUUUGCCCCGUUGCAGUCCAAUCAUGGCGGCUUUCGUAGGACGAAUUUGUGGAUCCGGAUUGUUGAGCCCGAAAGGCGGCGCUACCUUGCAGAAGGUACAAAAUUUUUCCACGACCCGCGCCUGGACCAAAAACCAGAAGGUUGCUACUGCGGCCGGUGUGUUGGUAGGCGGUGCGGGAGCUCUGCUCUACGCGCUCGAACAAUCGGUGUCCGCCUCCGGUACGGAAGUGCACCCGCCGGCACUACCAUGGAACCAUAAAGGUGUGCUCGAUUCGCUCGACCAUGCGUCCGUCCGCCGUGGGUACGAGGUGUACAAGCAGGUGUGUGCGGCCUGCCACUCGAUGCGGUUCAUUGCCUACCGCAAUCUGGUCGGUGUGUCGCAUACCGAGGCGGAAGCAAAGGCCGAGGCGGAGGAGAUCCAGGUGCGCGACGGUCCGGAUGAGGCGGGCAACUACUUCAUGCGGCCCGGCAAGCUGUCCGACUACUUCCCGAGCCCGUACCCCAACGAGGAGGCUGCCCGUGCCGCCAACAACGGUGCCUAUCCGCCGGAUCUAAGCUACAUUGCGCUUGCACGCCACGGUGGCGAGGACUAUUUGUUCGCGCUGCUCACCGGCUACUGUGAUGCGCCGGCCGGUGUGGUGCUACGCGAGGGUCAGUAUUACAACCCAUACUUCCCCGGCGGUGCCAUCUCGAUGGCUCAAGCACUGUACAAUGAGGCUGCUGAAUAUUCCGACGGUACGCCACCAACGGCCAGCCAGCUGGCGAAGGAUGUGUCCACGUUCCUGGUGUGGGCCGCCGAACCUUAUCACGAUGAGCGCAAACGCAUGGGUAUCAAAUCGGUCGGCAUUAUCAUGAUCCUCGGUGCGCUGUCUUACUACAUCAAGCGACACAAGUGGGCCGCGCUCAAGACGCGAAAGAUUUCCUUCCACCCAAAGAGCAAGUAAGCGGCGCGGCGCUUACCACUACCAGCCGCAACAACAGCAGCAGCAGCAGCAGCAGCAGUAUAGGUGAAAUGUGAUGUGGAGGAAACUGGCCAUCAACCGUCGACCCGGGAAUUGAGACCCCAUCCUAUUGGCAACCAACCACCCCCCCCCCCCCCCCACAAAAAAAGAUUCGGAACGAAAACCUGAAACAAAAUGGCCGGGACAUUUUUAGAUUAACGUUAGCCUCCCAUCGGCGGAUAGUAGGAUCACAGUGCACACACGCCAGUGGGAUUCGAUGCAAGAGCGGUUGCGAGGGACGAGAGCGCAGCAAGCGACGGCGGAGCACUGAGUGAAUGCUGUUUUUAUAUUCAUGAAGGACAUCGAAAUCUGUUCUUCCCUGCCGAUACUCGCCAAGAUACACAGCAGCAAUUGCCUGGACAUUGAAAAAACAAAGGCGGUCUGCCACUUGUCACAGCUGCCAUACAGAAUCACUCUCGUUCGUUCUGCUGAUGUCUCCGUCUAGCUAGGCUCUCUCUCUCUCUCUCGUGGUGAUUUUCCAACCGACACCGACAACCUUCUUGUACCGAAUCCUAGUUAGUUUUGUUUGGCCUCCCUUUCCUUUCUUUCCACCCCCACCGCCGUUGUAUAGUUCAAUUAUCAUUGUACGCAGUGUAACAAAACCUCACAACCAACCGAGAUAUGCGACAAGAAAUUACCGACAAACAAACAAUCGUUCGCUUGUUUGCGCUUUUCUUUUUUGGGCCGGGGACGGUUUAAAACCAGCUUCACAGGGGAUGGUUUUGUCCGAAAGUGUGUCCACCAAGUGGCCACAGUACUACUACCACUACUACUACUGCCAUUGAAAGUUGUGUGCGUGGUCAUAUGCUUAUCAUAUGCUCCAGCUAGGAUGUGUCCCCGGUGGUGGUAGUGGUUGGUAAGAAAUUAUUUAACAAACCACGAAGGUCUUGCGAUUCCUAGUUUGACGGUUGAUGAAAGGUAUGAUUAGCAAAACAGAAAACACGAAAUAAAUCAUAAUACCGUACGUUGUUAAUUUAA